AUGCCAACCACGCAAUUUAGUGUCAAAGAAAAGUACCGCUAUCAGAAUGGUUUUGGUAGCUACCAUGAAACCGAAGCAGUAGAGGGUGCCUUGCCCGUAGGAACAAAUUCGCCCCAGAAGCCGCCAUAUGGACUUUACGCCGAGAAGCUGUCUGGCACGGCAUUCACUGCACCAAGACAUGAGAAUCAACAGUCUUGGUUAUACAGGAUUCUCCCAGCGUCAGCUCAUUCGAACUUUGAACCACGAGAACACGCUACCUUCAACACGAACCCGGAGAACCAACCAGGACAAAAGAUCCAUCAAAUCCCCAAUCAGCUCAGAUGGGAUCCCUUUGAUCUUGACGAGACGGUAGACUGGAUCCACGGCCUCCAUCUGGUCGCUGGAGCUGGCGAUCCAACCAUGAAGACGGGCGUUGGAAUCUACAUAUUCGCAGCUGGAAAAGACAUGGAUGCUCAUGAAGCUUUCUACAGCGCAGACGGCGACUUUUUGAUCGUUCCCCAGCAUGGAGUGCUGGACAUUAGGACCGAGCUUGGUAGACUGCUCGUGCGACCAAAUGAGAUCUGCGUCAUUCCCAGAGGUAUCAGGUAUCGCGUCGAACUUCCAGAAGGCCCGGUCCGAGGUUAUAUUCUUGAACUAUACCAAGGACACUUUGCGCUCCCAGAACUUGGGCCCAUUGGGUCCAACUGCCUGGCCAAUGCCAGAGACUUCCAGGCACCUGUGGCCGACUUCGACGAAGAUACGGAUUCGCAAUGGACACUGAUGGCCAAAUUUGCAGGUCACUUGUUUGCCGCUAAGCAGAGCCACACACCAUUCGACGUUGUAGCCUGGCAUGGCCUGUAUUAUCCCUACAAGUAUGACUUGGGUCGUUUCUGUACCAUUGGUUCAAUCAGCUUCGAUCACCCUGAUCCGUCCAUUUUCACCGUGCUCACGGCACAGAGUGAUCAUCCUGGUACAGCGGUUGCUGAUUUCGUUAUAUUCCCUCCCCGAUGGUUGGUUCAAGAGAAUACUUUCAGACCACCUUGGUACCACCGCAAUACAAUGAGCGAGUUCAUGGGGUUGAUCCAUGGACAGUACGAUGCAAAAACAGGAGGAGGCUUCCAGCCAGCAGGAGCAUCACUCCACAAUGUCAUGUCAGCCCAUGGACCAGAUGCCAGCACUCACGAAAAAGCAUCGAACGCCGAGCUGAAGCCAAUGAAGGUUGGAGAAGGAUCAAUGGCGUUCAUGUUUGAGAGUUGCUUCAUGGUGGGUGUAACGGAUUGGGGACUCAAGAAGUGCGCCAAAGUGCAGGAAGACUAUAAUGAGGAGAGUUGGACGCCGCUUAAAGCACACUUCAAGCGACCACAGAAGGCAGUAGGAGAGAUCAAGAACGGCGAUCACAGUGACCAAGGAGCGAUUGGAAGCACAAAGCAGGUUCCCCACUGGACGUGA